AUGGAGCUACUCGACUUGCCGCCUGAGCUGUUUCAGCGCAUUGUCCAUUUAUUGGUCGAAGAUGUCGGUCCUGUCAAGGCGUUCGCCACUUCUUUCGCGUGCAAAACCUUCUCAUCCGCCAUCAUCCAAAACAUCUCCAAAUUUCAACCGCUCGGGAAUCUCUUCUGCGACCGGGGAGCAGGCACCAUCCGCCUCUUCCAGGCUCGUGGUGCCGACAUGAUGUUCAGUCGGCUUCCGAAAAUCACAAUCGGGCUCACCGUAACCGCAGAAGCCAUUGCAGACAGGCUGCUUGAAAUCUUGGCUGGUGAGGAGGCCUUCGACGUAUUAUCAGGCGAUCAGCUCGAUGAGAUAUUGCCCGCCGCAGCCGCCGCAAUCGGCGAUCUCGACACCUUCCGCAGCCUGGUUCAAGGGGAAGAGGAUAUCUUCGACUUCAAACACACCUUGGCCAGAUGGAUGUUACCUACCGCGGUUGAGUCAGCAGCGGCGACUGGCAAGACUGAAGUGCUCCAGUGGAUCCUCGAUUUCAUCCGAGCUUUUAGGAUGGGGACUCUGGACCUCUAUCACCUGUUCCCCAGCGACAGUGACCGCAUUCCAGAGUCAUGGGUCUACGCCGACUUUUGUUUGUGCCUACUUGAUGCUGUCCAAGUUGCAAUACGGAGGUGCCAGUAUGAGACGGGCAGCAUGAUCUUGGACUUCCUGUACUCAGAGCCGCCCGACGAUAUCGAGCUCUACGAUCCGCUCAACGAUGAGUUUAACCACCGCUUCAAUGAUAGCAUGACUGAUGUCGUGGGUGACUGCAUGCGGUAUGGAGAUCUCGAUCUAUUUCAGAAAAUAAUGUGUUGCAGAAGGACUGCAGACCCGUCCUCUACGGCUACCCUGGAGGUAGUUAGUGGUCUGGCCAUGAGCGACGAUGAACGAAACCGUAUGUUCUCAUGCGGGUCCACCUCCAUGUUCAAGAAGAUGUUAGAAGCUUGUAUGUUUCACGUAAACAGACUAGGAGACUACUCACCACUCGAUAUCGCUCUACGCAAUUGUUGUUAUGACCUGGUACGCCUUCUGCUAGCCCAUGGAGCUAAAGUCAACGCGUGCGAUGCGUCUGGCGUCUCUGUCUUGCAGCUCGCAGUUGACAGAGGCGGGAUCCCUAACGUGCAGCUACUUAUUGAACACGGCGCUGACCCUGCUUCUGUCACGAGGGACGAGGGCAAACCUCUGAUGAAGACGUUCAAGCUCUGUCAGAAGGCUGCUGCUGAAGUCACCCGGCUGGAGGGCUCCGAUCCGAGCGUGAAGAUGGGCAUCCAAGCAUGUCGCAGGAUCUGGGAUCAGUGGAAAGAUGACGAUCUACUCAAGAGAAAAUGGGGUCGGUAUAGAGAGAUUGUUGCCGAAAUGGGCUGUGAAAUGCUUUGGGACAUGCGUUGUUUGUUCUUGAACUCAUUCAGGAGGCUUUCGGCUGACGGCAGUACAGUUCAGCGGGACGAACAUUCAUUGAGGCACAACAUGGUCCACUUCGAUAGUGGCUAUUUGAUCUGUUCUUACUUCCGCCAUCAACGUAUACCAGUUCCUCUUGAGAUCAUUGAGCCCAGAUGA